AUGAAAUUCCUCCUCCCCACCCUCACCGCCCUCGCCACCCUCGCCCUGCCCACGCAGGCCGCGACCUGGUACUUCCUGCGCUACUACACCGCGUCGGGCCAGUCCUUCACGGAGCUGUCGGGCGAGCUCGUGGUGCCGGCGCUGCCCCGCGCGGCGUACUACUACCUGUGGCCGGGCCUGCAGCCGACGGACGGCAGCGGCGUGUACCAGAACGUGCUCGACGGCCGCUCCGGCGCGUGGUGGUUCGGCAGCGGCUGGUGCUGCUCCAACCCGAGCCUGCCGUGGGGCGGCGGCUUCAACACGUACGAGGGGGAGACGAUCAAGUUUGUGAACAAGCUGGAUGGCGAGAGCGGCUGGGUGUCGACGACGACGCAUGAGAGUACGGGCACGGAGAAGACGGAUGCGUUUGCGCUUGCCGACAAGUCCUUCAACCAAGUGCUCUUCGCCAUCGAGCUUACCGACGUCGCCUGGGACUUCGGUGCCCUCGAGUUCAAGAACAUCGUUAUUACCGCCGACGGCACCGACAGCUCUUGGUGCAACGACUCGCCCGAGAACUACAACAGCGCUGCCACUUUCUCCAUCUCGGGCGUUGAGGCCAGCGUCUCUGGCAACGUCGUCACUUGCACCAUCAGCAGCCUCAUCCUGGAGAGCCCGGCUUGA